AACUUUAGUAAAUCAUUUGUACCAUCCCUGGCAAGUACUGUGAUGGGCGCAGUUCGCGUUUGGACAAUGCACGCACGCGCAUGCUUACAUACAUACAUAUGCAUUCAUGUCUGAAGAUAUGUUCAUGGCUCCCCCUGUUACGUUGAGACCUACAUAAUGCGAUUGCUAUAAAAUGAUCCUUCCUGAAUAUGUGCAUACAUGUGCAAUCUGAAAUUGGUGUCUGACAAAUAUGUUGCUGCAACAAACAUAAACAAAUUCAAGCUCGGAAAGAUUUAAAUUUGGAAAUAAUGGAACCGAAAAGAUGGCACUUGCAGCUGUCAUGUUUUUUCCUGCUGCUUAGCUCAACAUUUUCAGAUGUUGGCAAAAUAACUUCCUCUCAAAAUCACUUUGGAAAUACUAUACAGAGUCAGUUCACCACCAAAAACAACACUAGGGUAAUUGCCCAGAAAGGAGGGCUUGCCAUAUUACCCUGUGUCGUCAAAAUUAACUCUCCAGCAACGGUUUCUUGGAUACGCAGGAAAGAUUUCCAGCUACUAACGGUUGGGUUGUCAACACAUAGUAGCGAUAAACGGUUUUUGGUUGAGCAUACGCGGCAUAUGGGUCACUGGUCUCUUAGAAUUAAAGCCGUCAGAGAAGAGGAUCGUGGAUUUUAUGAGUGUCAAUUGUCAAUUUACCCAACUCAGUCAAUUUUUAUUGAACUAAAAAUCGUCGAAGCGGUUGCUGAAAUUUCAAGCGCACCUGAGCUUCACAUAGACGAAACUUCUACUUUACGGCUUGAGUGUAAACUUAAGCGGGCGACGGAAAAUCCCUCUUUUGUAUUUUGGUAUCAUGACAACAAAAUGAUUAAUUAUGAUGUACAAGGCGGUUUUGUUGUUACGUCGAUGGAAUCAAAUGGGAAAAGUAGCGUACAAAACGGACACAUUUUUAGAGUCUUGCCCGGGUUUGCUGGUAACAAAUCACGUAUUAUCCCUAUUCCGGAUCCCGUGGAGUCAAUUAAUGGAAUUCUAAAUAGCAAAAACGUAGCCACUUCAGCAAACUUCAUUUCGCCGAAUCCACCAUAUUUACAACCGCACCAGUCCUCAUAUCUUCUUGCUCCUUCUAUGAGUGUUCUAAGUAUUAAACAGGUUAAUUUUCGGCAUGCUGGUAACUACACCUGUGCUCCAUCAAAUGCCCGUCCUGCUAGCAUUACGGUACAUGUUUUAAGAGGAGAGAAAACUGCUGCCAUGCAACACGCUAAUCGAAGUUCUUUGGAUAGUGAGAAUUUGAGCAACAGCACUUUUGGGUUAAUAAGUAUAGGUGGUAUCAAUGGCACAAUCAGCCUAGUAUUAGCCAACAGCUUAUUAUAUAUCUCAAUCAUAUUCCUAUUAGUAAGCGUUCUAUCAAAUUUUCGCUUACUAAAAGUUGUAGAUUCCCUAAUAUUCUUAGCAUUUAUAAUAUUACUCAUGGAAAGCUGAAAGUAAUUCAUGUUAAAAGAAAUGGAGCAAAUUCAAUCAACCGAAAGUAAAAAAAUGCUCCAAGUUAUAAUUAUAAUUAUCGUACAUAUACAGGUAUAUGUAUAAUAUCGACAUACUUAUGUUCCAUGUAUAAGUCCCUUACCUAAACCUUUACUAUCAUACAAGCUUUAUAUGCAUUUUUAGAGAAAAAAAAUUGAUGUAUACUAAUUUUAAACUGUAAAUAGACUUUCAUAACAUACAAUGUAUUGAAUCGUGAAAUAAGAAAAUUCAUCUACUUGUUACCAAAUAUACAAAAAUUAUGUAGAAUACAUACUCUGUACAUUAAUUCAUAAGAUACAAAUACUGCAGCUAUGAUUAGGAGUUCAUAUUUAUUUACAUGUACUGAAAUUUUAGCGUUAAACCCACAGAUCAUACAAGAAUGAUAAAAGAGUAAUUUGUUAUAUAUGUAUGUAACUGUUAUUUUGCUGUUCAAUAUGACUAUGCAACAAAAAAAACUGCCGUCAGAUUUUAAUUUUUAAAAAUUAAUGUGUAUGGUACAAUUUAAAUUAAAUAAAAAUAUUACCGUAAGUUUGAACGCAUACAAUGGUAUUGCCCCAUAAAAAAUAUCAGAGUUAUGUAUCAAUCUACGAACAACUAGUCUACGAAAACUACGAUUGCUGUAUAAAUAUCAAACAAACUUCCUGCCAACUUGGGCAACUAGUCUUCGAAGCCAUUGGUUUGAAGCAGUAUUAAGAGCUACGGAAUGACGAAACAAGGCUUCCUUUUCUUGUUUUUUUUUCUUUUUAGUUACUAAUUGGCUGACCUCUAUUAUGGGUGAGCAUAGCUUAAACAAUACGUAGAGUUAAAAAAAGUGAACUGUAAAGAUGAGUAUAUUUACAUUUAAUAGUUUCAAUAUCUCAAUUCAAAGAGUAAAAAAAAAUAAAAUUAAAUUUUUCCAA